AUGGAGGCAUACCUUGUGGAGGUACGCAAAAUUGAAAAACAAUUCUUGGGCCUAGAACUGCAGCACGUGCCCCGCGGCACGAACAAGGAAGUAGACGAUAUCGCCAAGAGGGCGUCCCGGCGCCUGCCUCAGGAGCCUGGCGUCUUUGAAGAGCGGCUCUUCAGGCCGUCAGCAGCCCCUCCAGUUGCGGCACCAACAUCGCCUCAGGAGGAGCUCCCCCCAGCACCCCUCUCGGGAGCCCCCGCUUGUGGCCCAACCUUGGGAGCACGUCUACUCCUCGCACUUGAACCUCAGGAGGGGUGCUGGACCGAAGAGUUCAAGGCGUACCUGCUUCAGGGGACCCUGCCGGAGAAUGAGGAAGACGCGGAGCGCGUGGCUCGACAGGCCACUGCCUACUUCAUUCAUGGUGGUGAGCUCUAUCGGAAAUGGCCAAACGAUGUUUCUCUGUGA